AAAGAAGAGGGAAAAAAAAGAAGAAAAAAACUUAUGUUAUAUGCCCCCAACUUUUAACUCUCCAUAAAUAAUAGUCCUCUUCGAUUUAACUGAUCGCCGAUUCUCUCAACUCUUUUCCGGGCGAGAUCUUUAAUCAGGAAGCGGUCCUUUGUGACCAUGGGCACCGAAUAUCCCAAUCGACCAACCUUUCCCUCAAGGCCUGCUUCUACACCUUUUGGUGCUCCGCAGAGUACAACUCCUUUUCAAUCAUCUCGUCCAGUGGCUGGAUCUGAUGCUGCUGCUUUUCGGCCUGCUCCUCCUACUUCUUCUCCGACUAUGUCGUCUCCUCCUUCAUCUAGCCCCAUGGUUGGACCAGGGAUCUCUACUUUUAGACCGAUGCCACCCGGUAUGCCUAAUGAUGCAGCGAGGCCACCUCCAAUAUCAGCACCUCCAUAUGGGCCGACAGUCGCUGGCCCUUUCCCGCGUUUCCCAGCACCGCAGUUUCCUUCUACAGCUCAGGUACCACCUCCACACGGUUCAGUGCCUGGGCAGCCUGUUGUAGCACCCUCAGUUAGACCUGUUUCAGGUCCUUUCUCAACACCUCCUGUUGCCCAUCAUCCACAAAUGCAACCUCCUCCAGUUCGGAUGGGAUCUCCUCCUCAAGGUGCAAGUACGGUGCAGCCUAGUCCAAAUUUUCAUCAGGCACCCAUGCAGUCCCAGUUUUCUUCUGCUAGAGCAAUCACACAGCCAUCUUCUCCUCAAGCAGGUUCAGCUUUUCCUGCUGCUAGACCUGGAUUUCAAUCUGCUUUUCCUGGUUAUAUAAGUCAGCAACCUUCAGGAUUCACACAAGCUCCACCUAGACAACCAGUAUCAUUUCCUUCUCAGCCAGGCAGCUAUGUUCCACCAGUGCCAGCAGCUUCUAGCCCCUAUCUUGCUCAACAAGGAGGUUAUGCAGCACCACCACCUGUAACAUCUCAACGUCCAGGAUCUAUGCCUCCUACAUCAGCUAUGCAGGGUCUGGUGGAAGACUUCAGUUCCUUUUCUAUUGGGUCUGUUCCAGGAUCAUUUGAUUCCGGCCUUGACUCUAAGGUUUUACCUAGACCAAUUGAAGUUGAUCUUGAGCGGAACGUUUUGUCUGAGAUGUAUCCUAUGAACUGUAGUUCAAGAUUUUUGAGGCUGACAACUAGUGGCAUACCAAAUUCUCAGUCUUUGGCUUCAAGGUGGCACUUAUCUCUUGGAGCAGUUGUUUGUCCUCUCGCCGAGGCACCUGAUGGGGAAGAAGUUCCUGUAGUUAAUUUUGCCCCAACUGGUAUCAUCCGCUGUAGAAGAUGUCGCACUUACGUAAAUCCUUACGUGACAUUCACUGACAGUGGAAGAAAGUGGAGAUGUAACAUAUGUGCAUUGCUUAAUGAAGUUCCUGGUGAAUAUUUCGCCCAUUUGGAUGCCAGUGGCAGAAGAGUCGACUUGGAUCAAAGGCCUGAACUUACCAAAGGUAGCGUGGAGUUUAUUGCUCCAGCUGAGUAUAUGGUCCGGCCUCCAAUGCCUCCCCUGUACUUUUUUCUCAUCGAUGUAUCUUUGACUGCUGUGAGAAGUGGAAUGCUUGAGGUUUUAGCACAAACAAUCAAAAACUGUUUGGACAGCUUGCCUGGAUAUCCGAGAACACAGAUCGGGUUUAUAACUUAUGACAGUACAGUACACUUUUAUAACAUGAAGUCAUCCUUGACUCAACCUCAGAUGAUGGUCAUGUCAGAUCUCGAAGAUGUAUUUGUGCCAUUGCCAGAUGAUCUCCUUGUCAACUUGUCAGAAUCAAGAACUGUGGUAGAUGCAUUUCUAGACAGCCUUCCUUCAAUGUUUCAGGAUAAUGUAAAUGUGGAAUCAGCUUUUGGUCCAGCUCUUAGAGCAGCCUUCAUGGUUAUGAGCCAACUUGGCGGUAAAUUACUGAUCUUUCAAAGCAGUCUUCCAUCACUUGGUAUUGGCCGCUUAAAACUGCGAGGAGACGAUCUUCGUGUUUAUGGAACUGAUAAAGAACAUACAUUGAGAGUACCCGAAGAUCCUUUUUAUAAACAGAUGGCUGCUGAUUUCACCAAGUAUCAGAUAGCAGUUAAUGUAUAUGCUUUCAGCGACAAAUAUACUGACAUAGCUACAUUAGGGACACUGGCUAAGUAUACAGGUGGUCAGGUAUACUACUAUCCAAGUUUUCAAGCUUCCAGUCAUAAAGAUAGAUUGUGUCACGAGUUAACCCGAGAUCUUACAAGGGAGACUGCUUGGGAGUCUGUCAUGCGUAUAAGAUGUGGAAAAGGUGUUCGUUUUACAACUUAUCAUGGGAACUUCAUGCUGAGGUCCACUGAUCUAAUAGCACUUCCUGCUGUCGACUGUGAUAAAGCAUAUGCAAUGCAGUUAUCCCUUGAAGAAACACUACUCACUUCCCAGACAGUAUUUUUCCAAAUUGCUUUACUAUACACAUCAUCUUCUGGAGAAAGGCGCAUUAGGGUACACACAGCAGCAGCACCUGUUGUUUCAGAUUUAGGAGAAAUGUAUCGCCUGGCUGAUACUGGUGCCAUCAUUUCUCUUUUUACCAGGCUUGCCAUUGAGAAAACUCUGACCUCCAAAUUAGAAGAGGCUCGAAAUUCUAUUCAACUCAGGAUUGUGAAAGCUCUUAGAGAAUAUCGAAAUCUCCAUGCUGUUCAACACCGUGUGGCUGGAAGGAUGAUAUAUCCAGAAUCUUUGAAGUACUUGCCAUUAUAUGGAUUAGCUUUAUGCAAAUCAACAGCCCUCCGCGGUGGAUAUGCUGAUGUUCAGCUUGAUGAACGAUGCACUGCUGGAUAUACCAUGAUGGCAUUGCCAGUUAAAAGAUUGUUGAAGCUUCUAUAUCCGAAGUUGAUCCGUAUAGAUGAAUAUCUUCUAAAAAAACCAUCUUCACCUGAGGAGUCUAAAGACAUCUUGAAAGGGGUUCCACUUACAGCAGAGUGCCUAGAUCCCCAGGGUCUCUAUCUCUACGAUGAUGGUUUCCGGUUUGUCAUCUGGUUUGGUAGAAUGCUUUCUCCUAAUAUGAUACAGAAUUUGCUUGGAGAAAACUUCGCUGCUGAUUUCUCCAAGGUUUCACUUCAAGAGCUAGAUAAUGAAAUGUCAAGAGAACUGAUGAGAUUGCUUAAAAAGCAAAGGGAGAGCGACAGAUCAUACUAUCAACUGUGCCAUCUUGUGAGGCAAGGCGAACAGCCUAGAGAAGGCUUCUUCUUGCUUGCAAAUCUAAUUGAGGACCCAGUUGGUGGUUCUAUUGGUUAUCAGGAGUGGAUUCUGCAAUUACACCGACAAGUUCAGCAAAAUUAAGGAAAUUGAAACAGAAUAACUGAAAGACUUCCUGGUGAAGAGAUCGCCGUCACCUUGGAUUUCUCCACUCCUAAAAUGACAUAUUUACUCUGCUUGCUGAUUCCUAUUUUAGCAGGGUUCCUGUAUGUUCAAGCUUUUAUGGUCUAUCGAGUGCCGAUUCCAGAAGAAGUUGGAAUUGUUUCCACCCCCAACUAUGGAUGGUUCAUCCAAUGAGCAAAAGCUUCCACGGAUGAAAUCUGCUUUUAGUGUUAUUUAACAUCUUGAUUGCAGCGCUUACCUGAUUUUCCAUGUAACAUUAGUUGAAGAACUAAUAUUUUAUCUCUUCUUAUGUUGGGAUCAUUUCAUACACCUGGAUAAGCCGUGCUUUAAGAUGUGGGAGGGAUGGGAAGACUGUGCUCGUCCUUGUGUGCUAGCGCUGCCCCAUUUGGUUGGGGGUGAAGAACAUGAAAGAAAUGCUAAUUGACUAGUAUUUACUUUCACAUGUUGGUCUGGUUAGAGUGAGAUGAGACAUUAAAUUGAACAAUGUUGCAGUCACUUAUCUUUUAGAUCUUGUUGUGGGGAUAGAGUAUGCUUUGAGUGGGAUUCAUUCAGACCUUUUGUAGAGAUCUUGUACAUGCAUUUGCUUUGCAAUAACCCAAUUUUUUGCUGCCCAUAAUAAUUUUUUGUUGAGUUGAAAAAUGUAGUGCAGAUGGUUUAUAUCUAUUUUUACGGUUUUUACCUUGGGUA